AUGUCGAGCCCCUCAACCUGCGGAGGCACGUCGCAUACCUCUCCCACCAGCGUCACUACACCCGAAGAUGGACGCCCGAUUUACAAGCCUACUUGGCGUCCUUUUUAUCACUUUAUGCCCCCAAGCGGCUGGGUGAAUGAUCCGUGUGCCCCUAGAUAUGAUUCCACCACCGGGAUAUACCACGUCUCUUUCCAGUGGAAUCCAAAUGGCCCUGAUUGGGGUGACAUAUGCUGGGGCUCUGCCACUUCUGCGGAUAUGAUCUCCUGGGAAAUCCAAAAAAGCCCAAUCCUAUCACCAGAUAAGAGUUACGAUGCAAAAGGUGUCUUCACUGGCUGCUUUGUCAAGGGGCACGAUGGCUCUCUGAACUAUCUCUAUACUAGUGUCAGUGCACUUCCCAUCCACCACACACUCCCGCAUCAAGCUGGAUGCGAGACAUUAAGCCUUGCAACAUCGCUUGACUGUGGAAAGACCUGGAAAAAGAGUCCCAAGAAUCCUAUCUUGUCCGGGGAGCCGUCUGGGCUUGAUGUCACAGGCUGGCGUGACCCUUUCUGCGCUCGCUGGGACAGCAUGAGCAAAGUCCUCGGGUUGAAAUGCACCACUCUAUUUGGGAUCAUAUCUGGAGGCAUCAGAGAUGCUACACCAACUAGCUUUCUGUACAAGAUCAAUGAGACCGACCCUUCAGACUGGUCUUAUAUCGGACCACUGACAAACUGCGGUCUGAAUUUUAGACCGUCACGAUGGUCUGGGGACCUGGGACGGAACUGGGAGGUCACGAACUUCUUGUCUAUCAAUGACGAGGCAGAUCCCACCACAACGCAUGAUAUUCUCAUCAUGGGAACCGAAGGUUGCCUGGACCUGAGUGGGUCAUCUGUCAACCCCGGCCCAUCUCGUCCUUGUCGCGGUCAACUGUGGAUGUCUGGAACUAUUCACAAGAGUGAACGAGACGGUGCUGCGGAGAUGUCCUAUAAUUUUGGAGGUCACCUUGAUCACGGAUGUCUCUAUGCAGCCAACUCAUUCUUCGACCCCAAGAUCCAGAAGCAAGUCUUCUGGGGGUGGAUCACCGAAGAAGAUCUCUGCGAUGAUUUACGUCACCAGCAAGGAUGGAGUGGAUUGCUUUCAAUGCCACGCCAGAUCCACAUACAGACAUUAUGCGGGGUGGUCCAUGCCCUAUCAUCCGACCUGCCGUCAAUCACAUCCAUCAAGCUGAUUCCGGAGGACGGAAAGACAUUCACUAUUCAAACACUAGCUACGGAGCCAUACCGGCCUUUGAUCGAGCGCCUUCGCGUGGGAUCAAGACAUUGUCGCCUAGUGCCCUCCCUAUUAUCCUCAAAUUGCGAAGAUGUCAAGCUUUUGCCAGACGCCGUUCGAAGCAAACAAUGGGAGCUUCAAUGUUCCUUCAGCCUGUCCCGAUCUUGCUCUCGUGUCGGCGUCUCCAUCGGUCACACGGAAGACUUCAUCUCAUCCACCACCUUGGUUUUCGACCCUCGGCUAGAGGCCUUCACGAUCACCCGGCCGUCGCUUCCUAGACCAGACACAUCUCUUCUGAUCAACAGCUCUCCCGAAGUUGCGCCUCAUACCCUAUUUACCACACAGAAUCCUAUCACCGAAGAAUUUGAGACAGAAACCUUGGAUAUCCGGGCGUGGAGGGACAACUCGGUGUUGGAAGUGUUUGUCAAUGGCCGCACUGCAAUCUCUACUCGUCUCUAUGCAGCGGAGGAGACCUUUGGUAUGCGAUUCUUUGCGAUUGAUGAUGACUUCGAUGCCGAUCUUACAUCUAGUCGAACAAGACUGGAUGCUGCAAGUAUUUGGGAUGGGAUCGGUACUCAGAUUGAAUGA